AUGGCGGGCCAACGCACGCCUGCGGGCGAGUAUGGCGAGGAAUGGGCGCGAGACCUUCGUGUCCAGUUCGAGGGACUGUUGCGAGAUAAGCGAAUGAACGAUCUUCGGGCCUCGUCUCGACAAGGCUCUCCAAGCCUGGGAGAUCAAUCCCCUCGCCUACGAGGCUCGCCUUUCCCCAGCGAUGGACCUUCAGCAUCCCAAGGAUCUACUCCUCCCUCUUAUGCCGCCCUGCGACAUCUUCCCAAGAUCCCGAGUCCUCCUGCUGCUGGCGACCGUGAUUCCCAAAAAUUCAGAAACCUCCUCAUCAGCUUAUCAUUAACACCAACGAAAUACGAAAACCCUGGCUUGUUGGAUGAGGCAUUGCAGACCAUCCCAUUGGACCGUAUUUAUGGCGAAGCCGAGGAAGAGACACAGGUUUUGCAAGCUCAGGCUGAGAGUAUGGGCGACGGUCGACGACCUGAAUGGGGCUACCAAGACUGCGUCAUCCGGGCAUUAUUAAGAUGGUUUAAGCGAUCAUUCUUCACCUGGGUCAACAACCCACCCUGCCCUGUCUGCUUAUCUCCUACUAUUGCUCAAGGUAUGACUGCUCCGUCACCAGAAGAGAGCGCAUGCGGUGCCCUUCGAGUCGAGUUGUACCGAUGCUCUGCUCAACACUGUGGGGCUUACGAACGCUUCCCUCGCUACGGUGAUGUCUGGCGAUUACUGCAAACCCGACGAGGACGUGUUGGUGAAUGGGCCAACUGCUUCAGCAUGCUUUGCCGAGCUGUCGGUGGCCGCGUUCGCUGGGUUUGGAAUGCCGAAGACCAUGUUUGGACCGAGGUUUACUCUGACCACCAGAAGCGAUGGGUUCACGUCGACGCUUGUGAGGAGGCAUGGGACAACCCACGUCUAUAUGCUGAGGGUUGGGGCAAGAAGAUGUCGUACUGCAUAGCAUUUUCUAUUGAUGGCGCUACCGACGUUACUCGCCGAUAUGUGCGCAAGAACCAACAUGCUGUCGAGCGCAAUCGAUGCCCCGAGGAAGUUCUGCUCUACGUUAUGCAAGAGAUCAAGAACAUGCGUCGAUCCAACAUGAACAAGGACGCCCGUUUCCGAUUAGAGAAGGAGGACAGCCGGGAAGACAACGAGCUUCGAGGCUACGUUGUAGCUUCAAUUGCACAGGCUGUCACUGACCUUGUUCCGGGAUCCUCCAGUGGAUCAAACCACACAGCAACCGGAAGCGAUACCAAGUUGCCUGCUGAGCAACCUGGUCGACAAGCAGGAUCUACUGAGUGGUUGACUGCCCAGCAGCAACAAUCUCAUGGCCGAUAUCAGCAGCCUCGUGAUCCUGGCCACCGACGACCCUUGCCUUGA